AUGGAGGCGAUGCCCAGCAGCAUUCAGGCCAUGGGGGCGGGGGGGUCAUCCACAUACCAGGGGCUUCUCCGCGCGGACGCGGGGUGGACAGCACUAAGGAACAUGAAAACGGGAGACGAUGCCGGACCAGCCCCCACCUACGUCACAGAGAGCGACACGCCGCUCGGUGCGGAAAACCCUCCGGCGUUCGACGUGGUCGUGUGCGGCGGAACCCUCGGCAUCUUCGUUGCGACGGCUCUGCAGAUGAGGGGUUUCCGGGUGGGCGUUGUUGAGAGGGGCCCGCUGUUGGGCAGAGAGCAGGAGUGGAACAUCAGCGAGGCCGAGCUGGAGGAGAUGGUGGAGGCCGAGGUUUUGAGCAAAGAGGACGCAGAGGAAUGCGUGAGCAUACGCUUCAACCCUUUGCGGGCGGGGUUCAAGAGGGCGGAGGGUGAUCCUGACGCCGUGGACACGUUCUGUCCGGACGUACUCAACACGGGGGUGAAGCCGUCUCUCUUGGUGGACCGCGCACGUCGGCGUUUCGAGGCCAAGGGAGGGGUCGUCAUGGAGUUCACUUCCAUCGACGGCGUUAGCGUAAGGCCAGAUGGGGUCGCUCUUUCAACAUCCCCGUCUUCGCCACCGGGGGGUAAACCUCCUGCGUCUGGGGCUGCUACUGGAGAGGAGGUGACCUCGCGGCUGGUACUCGACUGCAUGGGGAACGCCUCGCCGAUGGUGCGGCAGAUCCGAUGGGGCAAGAAACCCGAGGGGGUCUGCCUCGUCGUCGGCUCGUGCGCUAGAGGGUACAACCCGGACACCAACAAAAGCGGCGACAUCAUCUACGCCAACAACCCUAUCCUCGACAAGGGGGACGGGGUGGGAGUUCAGUAUUUCUGGGAGGCGUUUCCGGCGGGGUCCGGACCAGGGGACAGGCUUCGACACAGAACGCUGCCCAGCUCUUCGCCGAAAAGGACGUUAGGCUUGAGUUUCAACGAGAGUUCCAGGGACUGCAGCAAGAAACAACGGCGAGUCUGA